GUUCUCCAGUAUCAAAAGUAAAAAUGUCUGGGUCUGGAAACUUGUUAUGUUGAAAAUGAAUGAUAGACGCACUGCAAUACGCAGCUGUGCAUGACAAAUUUCUUGGCUGCCAUGUAUUACGUAUUCCGCAUGGCAAACUGCGUUUUUCACUGUCCACGGGUGGUGUUGCGGGUUAGCCUGGCGAAAGCCAAAAACCGGCAGAAAAUGGGGCCACGGAAGCGCUCUUGCUGGACAUUACCAACAUUUGCCCACGCAGAGCCGUCCUCUUGCCGGACACAACCAACAUCUGUCCGAAACAGCCUAGGGCCAAGACGACACCGUGAGGACGACCACAGGGGGUCCGUCUCAAUGAUGAUGAUGAUGACAGGUAAGAGGGCUUUUUCGUGCCUAUGCAACACAGAUUCCCGAGUCAUGCCAGACAAGCAUGACAAACUUGCA